UUUUGUUUAGGUUAUACAGUUAUUGUUUUCUCUACAAACUGAUCGUGAAAAUUGUUACAACAUGAACAUUGGCUGCAGUGCAGUGCUGAUUGUUGUCUUAGGAUGCGUACUUGUAACAGCUGAAGAUUGUUACAUUCCAAUGUUGUGCAACAAUGUACCUUCAUGGGGAAAAUUACCUGGAAACAUACAAACUGAUAACGUGGUCGGUAGCGAAGUUUGUGAACGCCAGAUAAAUAAGUUAAACGACAACAUUGCCAAUUUAACCGAACGCGCCGCUGCCUUGGAAAAAUAUUUCGAUGACUUGGAAAAACAACAUCAGUAUAAUAUAACGAAAGAUGCCACAACUCGUAACUCGAAUAUUACACUUUCUCCACAACCCGGAAAAAAUACAUUUGCAGAAACUGACAACACGACUGCCGCACUCCGUGACAUAGAUGAAACAACUACGGAUGCAUCAACAACAGGGGAAGCUAAUCUGUUAUUUUACAACGGAAAAGAGUUCAUCGUUUUAGUGGACAAAAUAAGAUACAUGGUGGAUGCUGAACAAGAAUGUAACGAUCGUGGCGGAGAGUUGGCAAAUAUUUAUGAUCAGAUCAAUAUGGACCGAAUAAUGAAAUAUAUUAGAGAAGAUAUAAUGGCGGACAAUGACACAAUCAAAGAUUUCAUGCUUGGGAUGACAUAUUUAAAUACGAUGGGUCAACUUUAUCUUCAAAAUGGCUCAGCUAUAUCUGAUAGCAACUUCGCUUGGGUAAUAGGAACUCCAUACACAGAAAUACAGUGUAAAGGAUGCACAUCAAUGAUACUUCGUGUUCACAAAAAAUGAAACCGAUGUUAACAAUCAACAUUUUUAUAACAGUCGAGACCAACAAAUUUACGCUCUUUGUGAAAAAGAUGUUGAAUAAGGAAGAGUUCUUACUAAUUUGUGAUAAUAAUUUGUGACUUUUAACAGGCUGAAAUAACAGUUGGUAUUGUUUUUUACACGUUAAUUAACUCAGUGUAUUAUGACAGCAGUGUAGUUUUUAUUGAUGCCAUACGUGGCUUGUAAAAAUGACCGUAUAUAAAAGACUGUAUCGAUCUUACUAGCACACUGGUCUUUAACAAGAUUCUGAGGUGGGCCACAGUACCAUCAAAAAUUAUAG